GCAAGCGAAACACGGAGCGGAAUAAUCAGUUACGUACAGUUACGGUGAAUCGUGUGACAGGCUGAUGCGUCUCGUCGAUGUUGCGUCCGCGUGAUACGUCGCGUUCGCGUCGUUCAUUGUCAAGCGUAGCAAUAACAGCGUGUGUACACGCGGAAAACAUGAUCGGGAGGCAGGAACGUCGUGGUUACGUGGUCGUACGAAAGUUAAUCCGAAUUGAGUAAUCGAGCGUCGCGGAAGUGAACAUCGUCUAGCGUGGGCUCCUCGCUCUAGAAUUUCAAGUGCGUGCAUGCGUACGUACGUACGUACGUACGUACGUGCAUACGUGCCAGCCAGCGGCCAAUCAGCCGAGCGGUGUGAAAGUAGCCGCGAUCCCCAGAGCGGGCUCGAGGAGUAACUGCGGGGCUCGUCGUUGCGUUCGAGACAACAUGGCCUGCGAUCGCGCCGAGAGCGACUUUGACUUUACGGUACCGCCAGAGGCGCCGGUAUUCGAACCCACCAACGAGGAGUUUCACGAUCCCCUCGCGUACAUCGCGAAAAUACGCCCGAUCGCCGAAAGGUCCGGCAUCUGCAAGAUUAAACCGCCGCCCAAUUGGCAGCCACCAUUUGCCGUGGACGUGGACAAAUUUAAAUUUGUUCCGAGAAUACAAAGAUUAAAUGAAUUAGAAGCUAAAACCAGGAUAAAGCUUAAUUUCUUAGAUCAAAUUGCAAAAUUCUGGGAGCUCCAAGGUUCCUCCUUGAAGAUUCCACUUGUAGAACGUAAGGCAUUGGAUUUGUAUUCCUUACAUAAAAUAGUUACAGAUGAAGGUGGUAUAGAAACUGUAACAAAAGAAAGAAGGUGGGCAAAAAUUGCCAAUAAACUGGGUUAUCCAUCAGGUCGAAGUGUAGGCAGCAUAUUAAAAAAUCACUAUGAGAGAAUUUUAUAUCCAUUUGAUGUUUUUAAACAGGGAAAAACAUUGUCAGAUAUUAAAAUCGAGCCAGAAUCAGACUUGAACGAGAAGAGGGAUCGAGAUUAUAAGCCGCAUGGUAUAAUAUCUCGUCAGCAAAUUAAACCGCCGAAUGAGAAAUUUUCGCGGCGAUCGAAACGGUAUUCCGGCCAAGAAGAGAAGCAGGAUGUAUCAAUUAAACAAGAGGACUAUAAAGAGGAAUGCGACUCAGACAACGAAUGCAAGGAUAAAGUUAAAAGCAGGCAUUUCACUUUUGAAACGGAUAAAAGCAAGGAGCUUAAAAAAUUACAAUUUUAUGGAGCAGGACCGAAAAUGGCAGGUUUUAAUACCAAAGAGGGAAAGAAAUCUAAUAAGACACGCGGUUUGAAGCUUGUUUACGAGUUUGAUCCUUUGGCAAAAUACAUUUGUCACAAUUGUGGAAGAGGUGACAAUGAAGAGAACAUGCUGUUGUGCGACGGUUGCGACGACAGCUAUCACACUUUUUGCCUUAUGCCGCCUUUAACAGAAAUACCAAAGGGUGAUUGGCGAUGUCCUAAAUGCGUCGCCGAAGAAGUCUCUAAGCCUAUGGAGGCUUUCGGCUUUGAACAAGCGCAAAGGGAAUACACAUUGCAGCAAUUCGGAGAAAUGGCCGAUCAAUUUAAAAGUGACUACUUUAAUAUGCCUGUUCAUAUGGUUCCAACAUCAUUGGUGGAAAAGGAGUUCUGGCGAAUAGUUUCAUCUAUCGAUGAGGAUGUGACUGUAGAAUAUGGCGCUGAUUUGCAUACGAUGGAUCAUGGAUCUGGAUUUCCGACUAAGACCAGUGUCAAUUUAUUCACCUGCGAUCAGGAAUAUGCCGAAUCUUCAUGGAAUUUAAAUAAUUUGCCAGUCUUGCGUGGCAGCAUCCUAGGUCAUAUUAAUGCUGAUAUCAGCGGCAUGAAAGUUCCUUGGAUGUAUGUUGGCAUGUGCUUUGCCACAUUCUGUUGGCACAACGAAGACCAUUGGAGUUAUUCCAUCAAUUAUUUACAUUGGGGCGAACCAAAAACAUGGUACGGUGUACCUGGCUCUCAGGCAGAGCGCUUUGAACAAUCCAUGAAGUCCGCUGCACCAGAACUGUUUCAUAGUCAGCCUGAUUUAUUGCAUCAGCUCGUUACCAUCAUGAAUCCGAACAUAUUGACGAGCGAAGGAGUGCCAGUAUUUAGAACAGAUCAGCAUGCAGGCGAAUUUGUCGUGACAUUUCCAAGAGCAUAUCACGCAGGUUUUAAUCAGGGUUAUAAUUUUGCUGAAGCCGUCAAUUUCGCACCUGCAGAUUGGCUUAAGGUUGGACGAGAUUGUAUCACGCAUUAUUCGAAUUUGAGGAGAUUUUGUGUAUUUUCUCACGAUGAGUUAGUUUGUAAAAUGUCAUUGGAUCCAGAUUUGCUAGAUAUUGGUAUUGCAACAGCUACAUAUUAUGAUAUGCUGCAAAUGGUUGAAGAUGAAAAGAAAUUACGAAAAAACUUGCUGGAAUGGGGCGUGACGGAAGCGGAACGGGAGGCGUUCGAGCUUCUACCGGACGAUGAGAGACAGUGCGAGGCAUGCAAGACUACUUGCUUCCUGAGCGCGGUUACAUGCUCGUGUCAUAACUCGCAGUUGGUGUGUUUAAGACAUUUCGCUGAUCUGUGCACCUGUCCACCAGAGAAGCACACUUUGCGUUAUCGGUAUACGUUGGACGAAUUGCCAAUCAUGCUACAGAAGCUAAAACUGAAGGCCGAGUCGUUCGACUCGUGGGUGACCAAGGUGAAGGAGGCGAUGGAUCCCAAGAAUGAUAAGAUUGAGCUGAGCGAAUUGAGGGAGCUUCUCAACGAGGCUGAGAACAAGAAAUUCCCUGAGAGCGAAUUACUCACAGCUCUAACCACCGCUGUGCAAGAUGCUGAGAAGUGUGCGAGUGUUGCGCAACAGCUGUUGAACAAUAAACAGCGUACAAGGACUAGGCAAUCGGUUGAUACCAAGUAUAAACUCACUGUAGAAGAAUUAACACUUUUUUACAAGGAGAUCACCAAUUUGUGCUGCGAACUUAAAGAGUCGGAUGGUGUAAAGUUUAUACUUGAUCAAGUAUUGCAGUUUCAAAAGGAUGCGGAGGAAUUGGAGUCGAAAGAUGAAGAGUGUGAUGUUGACAAAUUGAAGAAAUGCAUCGAAUUUGGAGACUCUAUUUGCAUUGAUCUGCCUCAACUUGUGCUAUUGAAACAAAGAUUAACACAGAUACAGUGGCUAGAAGAAGUAAAAUCCCUCCAAGACGAUCCGAAAGCAGUCAGCCGCGAAGAGGUGGCCAAGCUAAUCGAGAAAGGCAUGACGAUACCGCCUCAUUUUAGAAUCGAAAAUACACUGUCGGAAUUGCAUGCUUUAACAAAAGCAAUUGAUAAAUGGGAAGAGAAGGCUAAAAUAUUUCUUCACUCGAAAAAUAGACGAACAAUUACCAAUGUGGAAGAAUUUAUUCACGAGGCAGAUGAAGUCGAGGCAUACUUGCCGAGCUUAGAUAGUCUUCAAGAUACACUGAAUAAGGCAAAAAAUUGGACAAAGCUCGUAGAUGACAUACAAACGAAAGAGAAUUUUCCAUAUUACGACACUCUGGACGACCUGAUAAGGAAAGGCAGAAAUAUUUCGUUGCAUUUGGAUGCUCUUCCGACACUGGAAGCUACGCUAUCACAGGCAAAAGCAUGGAAAGAGAGAACUGCGAGAACAUUCCUGAGGAAAAACUCCCACUACACGUUAAUGGAAGCUCUAUCUCCGCGAAUUGGUGUUGGUGUGCAAGCGAUGAAGACUAAAAAGCAUAAGGGCGAUGAGUCCGUAGGGGCUGUUUAUGUCUGUGAUACAAAAUUGGAUGACUCUAGUGAUUCGGCGAAUGUGGUUGCUGCCUUUAAACUAGCAGAGCAACGCGAGAUGGAGGCAAUGAGAAGCUUGAGGGAGAGAAAUCUGAUGAAGAUGAAAGCCGAAGUGGAAGAUUCCAAAUACUGCGUUUGCCGGCGACCAAGAUUUGGCAUUAUGCUUCAAUGUGAGCUUUGCAAAGAUUGGUUUCACACAAACUGCGUGCCUUUACCUAAGACAUCAUACAAAGGUAAACCUCCAGGUCCCAGGGACAUAAAAUUCUUAUGUCCAUGUUGUCUACGUUCUCGACGACCUCGUCUAGAGACGAUACUAGCCCUCUUAGUGAGUCUCCAGAAAAUUCCAAUUCGAUUGCCAGAGGGAGAGGCAUUGCAAUGCUUGACUGAACGUGCAAUGAAUUGGCAGGAUCGAGCGAGACAAGCAUUGGACACUGAAGAGAUCUCAUCGAUAUUGGCAAAACUUUCUGUGAUGUCGCAAAAAUUAGUUGAAGCGGCAGCGAGAGAGAAAACAGAAAAAAUAAUCAGCAGCGAGUUAAAGAAGGCAGCAAAUAAUCCUGAAUUACAUCAAAGAGUGCAAGCCAUCGCACCUCUCAGUGGAGUGCAUUCGGAUGAUAGCACACUUAGUACUGCUGAUGACGAUGAUGAUGUCAUUGCUAUGGAUGACGAACCGACGUGUAGUACCUUCAACAGCAACGAACAUGCAUAUUCAUAUAUUUCAAAAAUUCGGCGGAAAGUUCAAUCGGAUGACAGCGGUGGCGAGUCGUUUGGCCUAUUAUCGUCAAACGCGAGAUUACGUUUAGAGGAACUGAUGAUGGAGGGCGAUUUGUUGGAAGUUGCUUUAGACGAGACGCAACAUAUCUGGCGUAUUUUAAGUCACAUGAAUAAUCAUAACACUAUGCGAAAGUAUAAGUCAUUGGAAGAGGUUCAAGUGAAUCCCAAUCAGGAGAUAAAAGACAUAAAAAAACGAGGAAGGAAGCGGAAGGAGGAAUUCGAAUUGUUGAAAAAAAUUGGACGGCAGAAAGUCGAAGAGAAAAACGCGAUUAAACGAAAUAAAAGCAAUCCUGUCAUUAAGGAGAAGAGACAGAGCAGUUCACCGGUUCUCAUGAAACGUGGACCUCGUAAGAUGAAGCGUAAGAGUGAAGGUGAUGAAGGUCCUAGGAAGCGAGGUGGUAAUCGCACGAAAAAAACCAAACAAGAAAGCUCAGAUGAAGAGGAUGACUGCGCAGCGGUUAACUGUUUGCGGCCUAGUGGUAAAGAAGUUGAUUGGGUUCAGUGUGAUGGUGGCUGCGAAGGUUGGUUCCAUAUGCAUUGUGUUGGUUUGGAUCGUACAGAAAUUGCUGAAGAAGACGAUUAUAUUUGUAGCAAUUGUAAAGAAGUCGAUCAAAAUGCAUCGCAUUGUAGUCGAGAUCUGCGCUAGAUCUGACUGAAUCAUUAGGUAUGGAUGCACUUCUUUCCCUUUCUUAGCCCCAGGGAUACCACGGCAGCACCACCGACACUGAAGCAGGCGUCUAGAAAAGCGAAAUCCCUUGUCCUAGGAUUUAUUAGUCCACUUCAUGUCGUCCGUUAGCUCUGUACGAGAUUCCGGGGGUGUUUCUGAUAAUUACGACUCUCGAUCUAAAAACUCGCGAUACGAAAAUUAAUGUUUAUGUGAUUGUCUCUAAACCAUUAUCUAAGAAACCAGCGAUAUUAUUCGAGGUCGUACAUUAUUCGAUUACUACAGUUUUACGAGCAGACAAACUUAAAAAGUUAAGUAUUAUAGUAUAGUCGAAUUACAACACACCGAUUACACAUUAUGAUAAACGUUUCCUGUUAACAGUGACUUUCGUUUAUAUAUUGCGAUUAUAUUUUUUUUAGAUACUGGUAGUACCACUAGUCAAUCAUAUAUUUGCAUUUAUAUCAAUAUGUAAAAUUUUCGUUCACGUAAAUACGAAUAAUGUUGCACAAUGUAUAAUAAUAUCAAAGAAAUCGUUUUUUUCCGUGCUUCCAUAUGCGCGUACACUAUAUGCACGUCCUCGAAAUUCGAUUGUACAGAGAUAAGCGCCCAUUUUACUUCAAUCUUCACGACUGUGAGAGUAUUUGUCUUUAUGUCUUCAUUGAAUUUGUUCUUUUUUUUUUUAAUUAUCAACUUUGCAUAUUUCGCGCCGAGAUGAAUCACGGAUGAACCGUUGAUAUACAUCAUUUUCAUAAUUUUAUAAUUUGUAGAAAAAAUGUUUUCGACAUUAUUAUUUUACGUGUAUUGCAUCACACUGUGAAUGAUCGAAUGAAACAGUUUUCUACGCGAGAUGAAAGAUCUGCAAUCACGUAUCCUUUCAAGCGAUGUUAACAACGCGAUCCGUAAUAUGUGUUACCUUAUUUUAUCCAUUGGACAUUGGAUAGACAUUGGAUAGAUUCCAAAAUGGGAAAAUAUCGCGAGUUAAAGUGACCUGAACAGUGAGUGAUACGUCGUGAGAACGUUUUCAGUCUAUUGAUAAAAUUUGAAAUCAAUCAAUUUCGAAAUAUUGUGUCGUGUUAUGACAGAAAGGGAUUUGGUCGGUCUUUUAUACCGGCUUUUAAGUGUCUCUUGAGCGCACAAAGCGAGGAUUUUCUUUGCGCCAAGUAUAUUAUGUACAGAAUAAAGUAAGAGAUGUGUGUAUUAUGAUUAUAUAUAUAUAGGAUGUAUUAAAACUAUCGGAUGGCUUUAAUAGCAAUUUCUCCGGUCAAUUUGGAGACAAUUUUUCCUUUGCGAAAAGAUAAUAAUUUCCAUGUAUGACAACGAUAAAAUAAACAAAAUAAAUUAU